UAGUGUGUGUGUACUCUCAAUUCUUUGCUUGUGAGUUGUGAGUUGUGUCGUCAGAAAUUAUCCAAGCAACAUGUCUGCUUGAUGUCAUCCUACACAAGUUAUCUAAUCAAUAGAUAAUUAAAGCUAAAACAUGUUGUUUGCGUCUAGAAUAUAUAAACGAUUAACCUACACUUAUAAUAAACAAAUUAACAGAAUUAGAAACUAUUCCUCUGAGAAGAAUCAAAGUUUAAAAUAUGAUUUGAAAACUAAAGUUCAAGAAACGGCGGCCAAGGAAGUAAACCCAAGGAGCCAACUUCCUCUUAAUAUUAGGUUUUACACGUUCUGGGCAACUCCUACUGGUCAGAAGUUUUCUGGGUUCCUUUUAAUAUCUGGUUCAAUCCUGUCCGCAUCCUACCAGAUUGCACCUCACACGGUUCUUAUAAAUUUUGUCCGAGAUUAUUAUCAAAAUUUAACUUAUGGCAUCCCUACUCCUGUUAGUGCUGAGAUGUCCGAGGUGCUAAAUGAGGUGGUCCAUGAUCUCAAGAUGUCGAGUAAUGAGGUUGAGAGGUUGAAGAUGUUUGUGAUGAGCGUGAUGGAUUCCAGGGGGUGGGGGGAGCUAAGUAAUUCAAGUAUAGUCGGAUAUCCGUUCUACUUCGAGUUCAAGGACCCACAGGAGGUGCCGCUACGAAGUAUGCAGUUUGGACACCGUGGUUCUGGGUACGCUAAACAUCUUUCUGAACAAGAGCUCCAUUCAAAGGAGGCUCAGCUACUAGUCGACGGUCUACUGCUUUCUAAAGACGCUAAAAAAUUUGCUAUUGCGCGGGAAAUUGAAAAAGUUAAAAUGAUGCCUCAGUAUCAGCUGGCCUUAGUGCAUUCUAGCAUGGUGCUCUUAGCUCUCUUUAGUUCUAGAAUGAUUAAUCAGAAAAUGGAUUUAUUUAGGAAACCUCCAUUGUUCCGAGGAGUUGGAUAUUCAACUGUACUUAUUACUCUUUCAUCAUUGUAUUUUCUAGUAAAGGACACUUUGAAUAGAAGAGUACAAUCUACAAUAGACGAAAAUACUGCGCGCAUAUCUGACUCCUACGCGCGUGGUGGUAUUGAAUACUAUACCAAGAUUAUGCAACGAAAUAUCGCCCUGCGUGAGCUCGCCUUGGACGGGAAGAAAUUGUACAACAUGAAGGGGGAGGAGGUUUACGAGUAUAUCCGGUUACGAAACAAACCUUUCGGAGAACGGAAGCAAAUCUGUGAAACGGUUCUUAAAAAAUUUAAUUCUGAAGUUUAAUUUCAGA